AUGCUUUAUAAUAAUGGGGCAGACCAAGGCAGUCUCAGUUUGAGCAAUGUGACAUAUACUGGAGUGAGGGGAACCAGCGCUGUGCAGAAUGCAAUCACGUUGAACUGUGCAGCAAGCACAAAUUGCACAAAUAUCAGAAUGAGCCACGUCAACAUGACAUCAUGGGCCUCUGGAACUCAUCAAGUUUCUGCUAAUGGAACCUCAAGCUGCACCACCCCUGCUGUGCCUUGCCUGCACCAUGAUUGCCUGGGGCUCCGCUAUAGAGAAGAUGAAGAUUUUGUAUUUUAA